AUUUUGACAGUUGAAAAAAAAAACAAACUUGUGUUAGGGCAACAACAAAUAGUUUAUUUCUCAAAUUUCUUUGUUUUUGUAACAGAAAAUUAGUAUUUUUAGAUAUAAUUAAGAUUACCUAUAACAGAAGGUAGUUCUUUAAAGACCUCGUUGUACUUUUUCGCCAUUAAUAACUUACUAUCACAACGAUGGAAAGACGGAAAGCUAGCCCAGAACAGUUAAACAUGCUUUUACAUUUUCUGGAAGAAGACAAGGAAUUAGCAAUAGGGAAAUUCACAGGUUUAGAAGGAAGAAUUCGUCAAACGAAUGCAUGGAUUACAAUUACUGAAAAACUUAAUGCUAAUUCCGGAUUUGGGUCAGGUGCAAUCAAAACACCUGAUAAAUGGCAACAGACAUGGAGAGAUUGGAAAUCGAAUGUCAAGAAAAAGGCAUUUAAAAUAAGAAAAAACAGAUUUACACCAGGAUGUAAUGCUAACACACAACUAACUGAGGCUGAGGAGAAAAUAUUAAGACUUAUCUGUACAAACACUUCAGUUUUUGGACUUUCAGGAGUACCAGAAACUUCAGCAGUUAAUACAAUGGCACCUACACAAAGUACAGGACCUACAGAUGACAUGUGCGGUGCUGAUCCUUCCACAAGUAAUAUGAAAUGGCCAUCAGACUCUCAGCACUUUACAGCAGCAGAUAUAGAAAUGAGUCUUGGUGAUGGAGUAGUCACAGACCCUGAUGCUGGUAUGGGACCCAAUGAAGUGUCCUCAGCUCCAGUCACAGGGAAACCUUUAUGGAAACGAGGAAGACCAGUCAGACUUGUACAUGACAGACUUCUGAACUUAGAAGAGGAGAGAAUUAGAAUAGAGAAACAGAAGCUUUUAGAAAAGAAAAGGUGUAACAAUAUGAGACUUAAAAUGGAAAAAGACAGGCUUGAGAUUGAAAGGCAAAGAAAUGUCUUGUUAGAGAAACUUUUGGUAGCUGUGGAAGCUGUGGCGCAUCGAUGAUAGUAAUAUAAGAACAAGAGAAUAAGCACAACUAUAUUUUUAUACUCAAAUAAUAAUAAUUAUUAUUAUGGACUGCAAUAAGAAUUACAUAAUUGAGCAAUUAGUGUAGAUUUUGUGAUAUUAAAUUUUAUAUUAGUUAAA